AUGAACUUGGCCUCAGUUUAUUCACAAGUAUCAUUGACAUUCAUGAUUCAUGUGGGUAACAGAGAUACACUGACGUCUGUAGCAGCAAGAUUUGACACCACACCGUCAGAAUUGAGCAAAUUAAAUCGACUUGGCAGCACUUUUAUUUACCCUGGCCAGCAGCUCUGGGUGCCGAUAAAAGGCGAAGCUCGGUUGGGCGCAGCUAUGGAUGAGGAUGAACCAGCCUACAGAGAGAGAUUUUUGAAGAUCAACGUUCGUCAUAUCACUGAUGGACAGGGUGUAGUCGGGGGUGUUUUAUUGGUGACACCAAAUGCCGUAAUGUUUGAUCCAAAUGUGUCAGACCCGUUGGUUAUAGAGCACGGAGCGGAAUCGUACGGUGUGAUUGCGCCAAUGGAGUUCGUAGUUAACGCUGCGAUUUACUACGAUAUUGCCCACAUGCGGGUCAGCCAUACAGACGCCAUGAGUUCGGACAAGAAGCCGGAGAUUUAUUACAUGAAGAAGCCAGAGAGAAGUGAUGCCCGGAAGUGUUUAUCACCCGGCAAGGAUGAUAAUUUUUCGGAACUUGCCGGUGACGACAAUGAAAGCGUUUGUAGCUGCGCUGAAAGAGAAGGCGAUGCCUUUCCAAAGGCCUUUGAACGAGACCUUGUCACUCCUACUAAUUUACAGAGCGACGAGGGAGCUAAUUCUGGAAAAGAUAAAGAUAAGGAUAAAGACAAAGACAGAGAGGAUAAGGACAAAGAUAAAGAUAAAGAUAAAGAUAAAGAUAAAUUGGAUGAGACCGCUGAGAAAGAUCUUUGUGUCGGACAAUCCAGUAGGACACUCGAGGAACGCAGGCGUUCCAUGCUGGAUCAUCACUGGGCCGUUCCGAGCAAAGACAGAUGCUCAUUUUCUGUCGACGAUGAGCAACAGGACUCUAUUAAUUCUGAUAAAAGCCAACCGGAGCCAGCAAAGCCAAUUGCAAUUCCUGAGGGUGAAGACGGAUCUCUAGUCAAAUUGUCAUGCUAUGAUUCUGGUAUCGACAUACGUGAACCUAAUCCUCCCCUUCCCGUAGUGCAACCCAUCCCUUCAAAAAAAAAAUAUUCGGACGCGGACAUAGUUUUAUCUACAGAUUGGGUGCCGCCAAUAACGAUCGCGCCUACCAACGUCUCAUCCGGGAGCGCGUUGGACGUCCUGUCAGUGGUGAACGGCGGCGGGAGAAAGAAGGCCAGCUCUGUUUCCUUCAGCUUGGACAGCAACGCCGAGGAGCCGGAGAAAGACGAGGAGCACAAAGACGAGGACAAACAAGAGACUCGCAGAAAUAAGAUGCUCAAGAGGCUGUCGUAUCCAUUGUCCUGGAUGGAGGGUCUCACCGGCGACAGCAAAGACGAAGAAAAUAAAACCGUACCUGAAAAAGUACCAAGCCUCCCCAACAGCGCUGAUAGUCACCACUCAUCGGUAUUCAGUAAAGUAUUCUCAAGGCGUUCCUCGGUGGGUACCUUCAUUCGGCAGCAGCCUUUGACCUCGUCAGGCAGCAGCAGCGUCGACAGCACCCGGGGAAAUAAAACUUCAACGGCACCCCCUAGAUUGGAUUAUCGCAGCAUGGUUUCCGUCGACGAUAUGCCAGAACUAUUUGUCAGCUUUGACAAACUGAUCCCAAGACCUGCGCGAAGCUGCGAGGACCCGCCAUUGUACCUGAGAUUACGAACUGGCAGGCCGAAGGACAAGAAGAUACCCCGUUCCACCCCUAUAAUGAGCUACGGGAAGAAAAAACUCCGACCUGAGUACUGGUUCAGUGUGCCACGCAACAGAAAGAUUUAA